UUUAAAAACAAAAUGAUUCUGCCUUCUUUUUCUGGUCAACAAAACAAUUAAAGCAGAGAAAGGGGAGCACCACAAAUGAUAACUCCUCUUACUAAUGUUAUUGCUCUUUUUGACCCUUUUCUGCUUGUUUUUAGUUCUCUGUCUGUGUCUCUCUCUUCUGUAAGCGAUGCUCUUGAACUACUGUGCAUUUGAAGGACCUCUAUAUAGAUUUACCUGAGUCAUCUUGUGAGCAGUCCAUCAAACUGCAGUUCUUUCGUUGAGAGCUUUAAAACACCAUGAAAACGACACUUCAUUCGUUCAAUUUUGUUUUUGUUACCUGAGGGUGAGACUUGUUUCCCUAGAAUCAAUCACCGCAAAGUACUGUAUAGCCAGACGCAACAUGGCUGGACAGGAGGAAGGCUGGCCUCUGGGUCUGCAGCCCCUGAAUGUGAGAGUUGGGCUGGUUAGAAACCGUCACCUCUCUGGAUCAAUAUCAUUCAACACUUUACUCACUGGUUCUCCAACUUCCUCCACAGCUUCUUCAUCAGAUUUGGAUACAGAGUCUACGGGGUCUUUUUUCCAUGACAAAAGCAUAACGCUUGGGAGCCUUAUAGGUGUUUCCACCAUCUUAGAGUUCUCUAGGAGAUCAAUAAGGGGAAGAAAAACCGAACCCUUAAAGGAAAAGAAGCAGAGCAGCAGCAAGUCCAGAAUCUGGUUUUUUUCUCUGUGCUUAAGGGACAACAGUACUGAUGAUGCCAAGAGAGUGAAGAAUCCUUCAUCUCUUGGGCAGUUUCUUGCAGUGGAGAGAAGAGCUGCCGACGACUACAGAAGGAAUUACCAGAACCCUGCUAUUACUGGACCCGACGAAGUACUUGGCCUGGCUCAGCCUUUUGCAGAACCAAACUCACUUUUUGUUGAUGGCCGAAUUGCUCCUCCUCAAACUGGUUCAGAUAUGGAAAGGAGAAAAGAUGGAGGAGUAGAGCAUGGUAAUGGGGUUGGAGUUCCCUUGCUAUGUUCAUGCAUGUGUGGCCAACCAUCCGACUAAACAAACAUGUGUGCAAGUUUUGAACUCCUGUUUUUGGCUCUGAAUUGUUGAUUGAAUUCAAUUUCGUGUCCUAGGAAAAUAAACUAAGAUUUAACUAAUGGAAUCUAUUUCUAAACUACUGAAUUUAA